CCCCAUCCUUCAAUCAUCAUGUGGACGUCUACUAUCAUACUAGGCGCAGCUGCCCUUGUUUCAUCAACCGCAGCGCAGCAGGCCUGUACUCAACCUCGACAGCCUACCUUGAACGCACCAGUCACCAACCCAUGGAGAUCACUUUCCAAGGAAGAGACGACAAGUGCCAACGAUAUCUUGCAAGAAAAGUUGAAGUUGAAUGGCAACCAGGGAUCUAGUCAAGAUAGUUAUGUUAUACAACUCACUCUUUUGGAGCCCAACAAAACCGAAACAGUCAAAUACUUAGACGGAUACGCAAAGCCGCCUGGAAGAUAUGCACGCGCUACAGUUCAGAGUGGUGCUACCAAUACAUCUGACAUGUUCUGGCAAGAGUACAUGGUUGGCCCUCUGCCAGCUACAUAUGCAACGACGAUCAAGCCGCUCACUUUUCCGUUUCAAAAUACUCACGCGGGGAAAACAAAAGUGCAUCCCUUGUAUUCUGGUACAAAUGAAGUGACACAGUUCCUCACGAAGUUUGCGGCUGCACACGAGGACAUCUCACAGCGCUUGUUCAAUACAACAUUCUUGAGUGGACUUGUCGGUAUGCGUCUCGGCAAUCCAUCCAAAGAUGAAGAUGGCCGUAUCAUUUCCUGGGCUGCGACCUAUGGUGUUCCCACCGAGGGACUUAGCAGCGUUACAAUCGCACCACUUGGAUUCAAUAUCAAAUUCGAUAUAUCCUCACGAGAUUGGAAUGACUGGAACGUUGCCGGUUGGUACUCAGCUGGGAAAUUUUAUUCCUCUACAGAAGAGUUCCGGGCGGCGAUCAACUCUCCAAAGUACAAAAAGCCCUCGCCAAAUGUGGUGGGCAAAUGGUCCUCCACUGAUAAGGAUGGAAGUCCACUUCCAUUGGAUGAGCAGCCGCCUCCCACAUCUAUUGCACAAGGAGCCCAAAGGUUUCGCAUCGAUGCCGAUGAGAACUAUAUUUCCUGGAUGGACUUUAGCUUCUACCACAACGUUGCCUUUGAUCGGGGACUGUCACUCUUUGAUAUCAAAUACAAAGGAAAGCGCAUUUUGUACGAGCUUUCCCUCCAGGAAGCGUUGACAGCCUACUCAGGCUCGGAUCCAUUUGCAUCCCAAGCAACAUUCUACGACACCACAGACGGUAUGGGAGCUGCGCUGACACCUCUCAUCAAGGGCUAUGAUUGUCCAAGCUACGCAACAUAUCUGCCUGCAUCAUGGAACGAGGGAAAUGAUACAAAGACCCUUGAAGAUGCCAUUUGCAUCUUUGAGUUUGACCCAGGAUAUCCAAUUCGCCGCCAUUCCUUUGGCCAAUACACACCUCACACCAGUGUCGCGAAGAACAUCCAGUUCACGAUGCGAACCGUAGCCACAGUCGGCAACUACGACUUCCUGAUCGACUACACCUUCUUCUACGACGGCGCCAUCGAAGUCUCCUCGCGCUUCUCUGGCUACAUCUCCUCCACAUACUGGGAAAACCAGUCCGACUACGGCUUCCACAUCCACGACUUCCUCUCCGGUAGCAUGCACGACCACACGCUCACCUUCAAAGCCGACUUCGACAUCAACGGCCGCAAAAACAGCGUCCAGAAACUUACCUUCAAACCCAUCACCACCGACUACCCCUGGAGCACUGGCCGCAAGUACAACACCUUCAAAGUCCACCGCUCCUUCAUCGACAACGAAUCCCACUCGAAAAUCAACUGGGCCGAAAACGACAACACCAUGUACGCCGUCGUCAAUAAAGAUACCCCCAACCGCUUCGGCGAGUACCCCGGCUACCGCAUCAAGAGAGCAGCAGGCGCCAUCCACCUUACCCAAACAAACUCCACAAACACCGGUAAAUCAGGUGCAUUCGUAACCCAUGAUCUCUACAUCACCAAGCAAAAAGACACGGAGCCUCGCGCCGCCGACGGCCUGAACCAGUACCAGAGAGAAGACCCACUGGUAGAUUUCGCAACCUUCUUUAACAAGGAGAGUUUGGAGCAGGAAGAUGUUGUCCUCUGGUUCAACCUAGGAAUGCACCAUAUACCAGGAACGAAUGACCUUCCCGUCACCAUGUUCAGCUCCGCGCACUCGGCCAUGCGGCUCGAGCCCCUGAAUUACCUCGAGGAUGGCGAUCCGUCGGUGAGCAGUAAUCAGCAGGUUAGGAUUGAUUAUGAUGAGCAGGGUAAGGUGGAGUUUGUUGAGGAGUUUGGGAAGGUUAAGAGGGCGAACAUGUGCCGCUGAUUGUUGGUUUUGCCCACUUACUCCCUUUCUGUCUUUCUGUCUCUCUGGGCUCGCUAGCGCGAGUACAUGUAGCUACACACGAUCUUUUUUUUCCCUUUUGUCAUUGUUGAGUUGAUGAGAACCGGGCAGUAAACGUGCCCACCAGAUCCCCCCUUUUUUCCUCAGUUUUUUUUUUCAUCUUUUCCGUUGAGCGGGAAAAUUUAGACUUAGCGUUUUUUUUUAAAUUCCCAAAGGGUUUCGGGGGACUCUGUAUAUGUAAGAUGUAUCCGCAUGUGUAGUAAAUAAAUCCGAUAUGCGAG